AUGAUGCAGAUUGGUAGGACAGAACAACCUGGGCGCUAGUUGGCAGAGGUCUCACAGGAUGGAAGCUCCGGUCGUGGAAUGAUGGUGGCAGCAGCGAAGAUGGGCCGGACUGGGGCCAUGGUGGUGGCGGCAGAGGUGGCAGGGGCGGGGCAGCUGGCGGUAGAGGAGGCUGUGGUCUUCAGGGGGCUGUAGGUGGAAGCAUGGCUCGCGCCAGCGGCAGGAACGGCAGCGAGGAGGCCCGGGGGGUACUUCAGAUGCCGCAACAGCAGCUUCGAGAGCUGUGUCCAGGAGUGAACAACCAGCCCUACCUCUGUGAGAGUGGUCACUGCUGCGGGGAGACUGGCUGCUGCACCUACUACUAUGAGCUCUGGUGGUUCUGGCUGCUCUGGACUCUUCUCAUUCUCUUUAGCUGUUUUUGCGCCUUCCACCAUCGACGAGCUAAACUCCGGCUGCAACAACAGCAGCGGCAGCGUGAGAUCAACUUGUUGGCCUACCACGGGGCAUGCCAUGGGGCUGGCCCUGUCCCUGCAGGUUCACUGCUCGACCUUCGCCUCCUCAGCGCCUUCAAACCCCCAGCCUAUGAGGAUGUAGUUGACCACCCGGGCACACCACCGCCUCCUUACUCAGCAGCCUCAGGCUGCCCCUUGACUGCUUCCAGUGAAUGCACCUGCUCCUCCUCUGCUUCUAGCUGCCCCACCUACUGCGAGGGAACAAAUGUGGAAGGUGUUUCCUCCCACCAGAGUGCCCCCCCUCAUCAGGAUUGUGAGCCUGGGCCAGGGGUGACCCCUGCCCCCAUCCCCGCCUCCUGCCGCUAUCGCCGCCUGACUGGUGACUCGGGUAUUGAGCUCUGUCCGUGUCCUGACUCCAGCGAGGGUGAGCCAAUUAAGGAGGCUAGGGCUAGUGUCACCUCACCAGAUCUGGAGAGCCAGUUCCCUUGUGCGCCGCCCCUAAAUCCCGUGUCCCAGAUCUCCCCUGUGGGGCUAGCUUCCAGCAGAGGGGACAGCCCAUAAACAGUUUUGGGAGGGUGGGUGGGUUACUUGCCCACCAGAAACAGCCCUGGUCCCAACUCUCUGAGCUCUCCUUGGCCUCUCCCUGCCCUCCUAGAACCUGCUGGAAAGGACUGGAGUCCCACGAAGGGCAGUGCUGGGGGGACUGUGCUAGCUCUACCCCCUAAGACACACACAGGAGCCUUUGAUCUCAUUAAAGAGAUGUGAACCAGC